GAAGCAAAAACGUCAAAAAAGAACCCAAGAAGAUAAUGAAACACAAAAGAAUCGCCUUAUAAGAGCUUGUGAACAGAAGGCUAGAAAAAGAAUGGCAAAAUCAAUUAAGAAACGGGAGUCACGUCUUAUUCAUGAACGCAAUCGCAAACAUGUAAAACGAAAUCAUCAAUUAUUGGAGCAAAAUCAAAAAGACAUUUCAUUAUUAGCAAACUAA